ACCCCGCCAAACUUUUCUUUGCUGCCCAGCAUUAGCAAUCCAGCCCGGAUAGUCCUAUUCCUUUGCUGCACUGGGCUGUCACGCCGGCGCAUAAACUAUCCCUCUCAUUCCCCAAUCGUCUUCUUCCUUUGUUCAGUCCUUUUGCUCAUCAGCAUUUGUUGCCUGCCCUUAAUUGCGCUUUUCCCAUCACCCACUAGUCACAUCUCACUACUACCGCCAGUAUGAAGUACAUCGUAGUGAACGGAGGCGUCAUCAGCGGCGUGGGCAAGGGCAUUAUUGCCUCUUCGACCGGCCUGCUGCUUAAGUCGAUUGGCCUCAAGGUCACUGCGAUCAAAAUCGACCCGUACUUGAAUGUCGACGCGGGCACCAUGAACCCACUGGAGCAUGGAGAGUGCUUUGUGCUGUCCGACGGCGGCGAGGUGGACCUCGAUCUUGGAAACUAUGAGCGAUACCUCAACGUAAACCUCACGCGCGGCCACAGCGUCACCACGGGCCAGAUCUACAAGGAGGUCAUUGACAAGGAGCGCAAGGGCGACUUCCUUGGCAAGACGGUCCAAAUCGUGCCCCACAUCACAAACGCCAUCCAGGAGCGCAUCGAGCGCGUUGCCCGGAUCCCUAUCGACGAUUCGGGUGAGGAGCCGGACGUUUGCAUCAUCGAGCUCGGCGGCACCGUAGGCGACAUCGAGUCCAUGCCGUUCGUCGAGGCGCUCACGCAGCUGCGUCACCGCUACGGUCGGAACGGCUUCUUCAGCAUCCACGUCUCGUUCGUACCCCUGAUCCACGGCGAGCAGAAGACCAAGCCCACCCAACACUCGGUCAAGACAGUCCGCAGCGCCGGCUUGAUUCCCGAUCUUCUGUGCUGUCGGUGCGAGACGGGCUUGGAGAAGGGAACCGUCAACAAGAUCGCGCUUCACUGCCAGCUCGAGCCGGAGCAGGUCCUUGUUGUCCACGACAUGCCGUCCAUCUACCAAGUCCCCAUGCUGCUUCACGAGCAGGGACUCAUACCCCUGUUAGAGACUUCCAUGGGACUUGAUCAGAUCACACCGACGCCGAGCAGGGUGCAGCACGGAUCCGAGAUGUGGUCACUGUGGAAGGAUAGAGUGCUUGCGGGCGACAACUUGGGAACGGUCACCAUCGCGCUGGUCGGAAAGUACACGGAGCUCCACGACUCGUACCUGUCGGUGAUAAAGGCACUGGAGCACUCGUCGAUGCGGUGCCGCCACAAGCUCGACCUGCAGUGGGUCGACUCGGAGCACCUGGAGCCGUCGGCCGACAAGGCCACGCACGACACCGCCUGGGCAAAGGUCCGCGGCGCCAACGGCAUCCUCGUCCCCGGCGGCUUCGGCACGCGCGGCACCGAGGGCAUGAUCGCGGCGGCCAGGUGGGCGCGCGAGAGCAACGUGCCGUACCUGGGCGUCUGCCUGGGCAUGCAGCUCGCCGUCAUCGAGAUCGCGCGCAACGUGUGCGGGCUGGCGGGCGCGACGUCGGAGGAGUUCGACGGGCAGGCCGAGCACAAGGCCAUCAUCUUCAUGCCCGAGAUCGACAAGACCACCAUGGGCGGCACCAUGCGCCUGGGCCUGCACGACACGCACUUCCAGCCGGGCAGCGAUGGCAGCCGCAUCCGCACCCUCUACGGCGGCGGCGCCGUCGCCAGCGAGCGCCACCGCCACCGCUACGAGGUCAACCCGGCCGUCGUCGAGCGCCUGCACGCCGCCGGCCUCGAGUUCCUCGGCAAGGACGACAAGGGCGAGCGCAUGGAGAUCGUCGAGCUCAAGAGCCACCCCUACUUUGUCGGGGUCCAGUACCACCCCGAGUACCUCAGCCGCGUCCUCGACCCGAGCAAGCCCUUCCUCGGCCUCGUCGCCGCCAGCGCCGGCUGUCUCGACCAGGUGACGGCCGACGUGCUGGCCGAGCACAAGAACGGUACCACCGCCAACGGCGUCAACGGAAAGACUCAUCGGUUCUAGAUGGAAGCUUGAGACGGGUUGACGGUCGUAUCGCCUGACCCCCCCCCCUUUUUUCUGUCUUCUUUUUUCCCAUCUCUUUUCUUUCCCGGACCUUGUUCAGUGGGCCUUCUCCUUGGUUAGUUUGGGGUUUCCUUGGGCGUCAUUGGGUUAACGUGUGGUCAGCUACAUAGACCGGGGAACGUGGACAGACAAGUGCGCAUUAGAGAAUGAGGGGCUUUCUGGCUUAUUUCUUCGCCGUCUUUUCAUUGAUUCACCCCUUGGAUCCUUAUAGAGUUCCUACGUAGCGGCAGGUAUAAAAAAACUAAAGCGAUUUGACGA